AUGAACUUCCACAAGUACUACAAAAAAAACGUGUAUGCUCCGUACGAACAGCACUACCUCGAUUACGAGGUGCUGGUGGGCAGCAGUGAUGUGGACAGGACUGCGCACUCGGAGAUGGAGAGGGUGUUCAAAUUUGUGAGCGAGCGCAAGGACGAGCUGACGGUGUGGGCGAAGACGCUGGAGAAGGAAGUGCUGAUGCGCAUAACCGCGCUGGACGGCGGCACCGAUCCCGGGACCGAUGACCUGAGCUACACCAACCUGAAGGACAUCCUUGCCAACCCGUCACGGGGACGCAAGAAGCAGCUCAAGCGCGAGCUCAGGCUGUUCAACAAGAAGUUGGACCUGCUCAGGGAGAACGUGGCAAUUUUGACCAAGUUCAUAAAAGUGAACCUUGUGGGCUUUAAGAUUGCGCUCAAGCAGCGCAGCGCGUACCGGUCGUACAGGGGCCGGCUGGCGGGGUACAAGCGCAGCGUGGCCGAUGUUGAUCGCGUUAUGUACGCGGUGAGCAGGCUCAUUCUACGCUACAGGAAGCGCAGCGCGAGUUUGAUCGGUCUUGUGAGCAAGAGCGAGGGAAAAAAGAGCAAGCCAAGCAACAGCACGUUCGUACGACGCACCGCGAAGUACUGGGUGCACCCCGACAACAUAGACGAUCUGAAGGCGUGCAUCCUGCGGCACUUGCCUGUUUAUAUUUUCAAUCCAAGCGACGAGAACUACGACUCGUGGACAAAGGAGCACGAUGCGGCGAUAACGAGCGUGUACUACGACAACGCGUCCUUUGAGGCGUACAACACACGCCUGCACAAGCUGCAGGGGAGCGAAGCGAUCCGUAUACGCUGGUACAAGCUGGACGAGCCCAAGGUGGUGUUCAUCGAGAGAAAACGGCACGAGGACGGGUGGACAGGCUAUCAAAGCAAAAAGCUGCGCUUCAAAAUGCCGGUGGAGCACGUAAACGCAUACGUAAACGGACAAAACGUGUGGAAAUACGUUGAGCCCCUGAACGAGAACAAGCUGAGCACGCUCAGCCUUUACAACGAAAUACAGCACUCGAUCAUCCACAAGAAGCUGAGACCGAGCGUUCGCACGUUCUACAGGCGCAUGGCAUUUCAAAUGCCGGAGAGCAACAACAUCAGACUGUCGCUCGACACGGAUCUGGUCAUGAUCAGGGAGUGUGCAGGUGACAGCAGCACACCCUUCAACUGGCGGCGUGAGGGCUUGAGCUGGCCGUUCGACAGCCUCCGGUCAGACGAGAUCUGCCGGUUCCCGUACGGCAUUCUCGAGGUCAAAACGCAGGACGACCAGAAAACGUGGAUCUGCGAGUACGAGCACCUCAUCGAGCACGUACACAAGUUCAGCAAAUUUAUGCACGGCACGGCCGUGCUGCACAAUACGGAGAUGAUUCCGUAUUGGUUGCCGCAGAUGGGCGUGGGCAUACAAAAAGAGAGUUUUAAGAGCCCGCCGCACAAGCGGUACGAGUUUAAGGAUGGUGAGCUUGUGGAGAUACCGCAAAUAGGGCAGCAAAACAGUGAUAAUGUGGGAAGAGGGAGUGAAGGGAAUUUACGGCACGAUAUAAAUGAACAGAAUCGGGCGAGCGCGCAGUACAGCGCUACGGACGGGCAGGGCAUCGGCCGAGCAGGCCUAAGACACAGCAGCUGUGGCAUCACUGAUGGACAGAGCGUCAGCAGAAUAAGCGUGGUAAGGGGUGAUGAGCACGUGCAGGAGGACAGACCCGCCAUGGGCAUGUCAUCCUCUGCAGGAUGCAUGCACUGUGCCUCGGGCCUUACAUACGAACAGAUACGCUCCAGCGGUGCGAGGAAUGACCGUGUGCGUGCAUCGGAACGAGCGAUGUACGGAGAGUGUGUUCACGACCGGAUGGGCCUGACAAAGAUGGAGGGGUCAUGCGUGGCAGGGGGGAGCGAGUCAAUGCUGGGCGAAUCGCUGAACAGGAACACGUCUGGCGAAUCGCUUCACAGGAGCGUGGGUCUGAAAGGCCCAUCGGUGCACGCAAGUGCAGACGCAUCGCGUAGAACAAGCCCCUCACACGGAGCCGAGCACACAUACCUUCAGCGUAGCGCCGCUCAGCACCCAAAAUCUACGAAAAAAACGGUCGCCGCUCAGCACGACGAUGACGAGAGCACCAAAAGUGUGUUGGUCCCCAUCGACAACAAGCGCAUUGCCAUACCCGUGCGUGUUGAGCCCAAGGUGUUCUUCGCCAACGAGCGCACAUUUCUGUCGUGGCUGCACUUCAGCAUCUUCAUCGGAGGCCUUGGCUCUGCGAUGGUCGGCCUGGGCGACUACAAAGCACUGAUAAGCGGUGCGGUGUUCAUCGUGGUGAGCACCAUCUUCGCCGUGUAUGCGUUGUAUUUGUAUAUGUGGCGGGCACAUAAAAUUAGGGCAAGAAAUCCUGGGCCGUACGAUGACCUGGUGGGGCCGGGUGUGCUUGUGUUUGUAUUUAUCGCUGCUAUGGCGCUUUCGUUGCUGUUUAAGAUGCCGAUGCACUGA